GAAAGUGGAAGUGAAAGUAAUAGAAAUUUCCAUUUUCCGUCAUUUAUUCGUCUGCCAGCCGAACAAAUGCAGAAAGAAAAAACGGAGAACUAUAAAUACCUGACCAGUAUUCAAAGCAUCGCAUUUAUGUCUCAGAAUAGGAAAAGAACUGGGGAAAAGGCGAAGAAUGAUUUUUUAUCACAUAGUUUCCGUUUUUAAUAUCGUGAUUUUUUUCUACCUGUGCUUCAUGGAGCGAAUCGCCGUGUGCCAAACGAUAACCUCCGAAAAAACAGAUGUCAUCUCAGUUCUGCACGCCUUCUGCCGGCAGAAGCACCGUUUGGAUGUGAUGGAGUGCGUGAACCACUCGACCCAAGGACAGGCAUUAGAACCUUGGAAUGACUGUCUUAAUCCUGACAAAAGCCUCAGCAAGAGAGGAGUGGUUGAUUUGGCUUGCAGAAUGUUACAUCCUGAAUUUAAAAGAGUUUUAAAUCUUCUUUCGGAAUGUGUAGAAUUACUGGUGAGUUCUUCUGAUGCAGAAGCUUGGAUGACAAUACUAAAGGCAUGUGCUUAUAAAACAGAUACAACAGCUAUUACUGAAGGAGAUACGAGAAACACAGUUCGUUCUUCAUAGACAUCAAUACUCAUUUUAAAUUGUUG